AACCGUCACACAUCACCAAAGCAACGUUCGAUACAAACAAUAUUCGACAUUGUUUGUAUCGUAACAGAGGCAAUUACAAAUUCAAUUAUUUCGACAAUAUGGGCUCGCGUCAAACGAAAAAUGGACGUUUUGCAAUUCCAAGACGUAAUUGCCGGUUACGAGCGCGUAAUUGCCGAAUUAACCGGCGAUUUGCGAAGCGUACAAGCCGCUCACGACGAGCUCAGAGCGUCGAUAACGAUCCUGAUCGAAGAGAAUCGCGAAUUGGCCAAAGAAUUGAAGGGGAUAAACGCGAAGAGGGGCAAAGAAAGUUCGAUCGAAUUCGAACUGGUGGACAAUUUGAGGCAACAACUCAAUCUAGUAUUAGAAGAAAAAGAGGAGAUAAAGCUACAAUUACAACAAACUUCCGGCAACGUUGAUUUGCUGGAAAACGAAUUGAAACUGUACAAAUCCGAUAACGUGGAAUUAAUACCGAAACAACAAUACAUGCAAACGAAACACGCCUUAAACAACGCGAUAAACCAGCUCAAACAAUCCUUGAAACAAUCGGAAGACAAGCAAACGAAAACUGUAGAAGAUACGCUAAAAAAAGACGAAGAAAUUAACAAUUUAACCCACAAACUAGACGAUUACAAACGUAAAAUACACGAAGCCGAAGAAACCAACGAAGAAUUACGAAGAAACUUCUACGAAAAAGAAAGAAGAAUGCAAACGUUGUUAUUGCAAAACAACGAGCACAGAGAAAAAGUAAACGAAGCGUUACAAAUAGUACAGGCGGCUUUGAACGAAAAAGACGCCGCCUUGAUGCGAGAGGUAACAGUAAGAACGAACGUACAGAAAUUAAACGAAGAACUAGACUCUAUUCUAAACGAUAUUAAAGAAAAAUUCGACAGAGAAACCGCCAGAAUCAAACAAGAAGCCUCCAAACAACGCGACGCUCUUCUAAAAGAAAUCGAUUCCGCCAAACAACGACUCGACGCCAAAUCGAUCGAAAUCGAAAAAUUCCACACCAAAUCGAUCGUCCUACAAAACAACAUCGACAAACUCCUAUCGACCGGCUCCAACGCCAACGCAAUCGACGACAACACCGCCACCUCCAAGCUGCUGGUGCUCGAAAAGAACCUGGAGAGCACCUUCCAGAAGCUGCUCGUCUCCGAGAAGCACAACAUCCAGCUCAAAUCCGAUUUGGAGGCUCUAAAGAACGACAUGGAGCAGAUGGGCGUCUUCUACGAGCGCACGCUCAAGUCCAAGGACGUGGAGAAGUCCAGCCUGCAGAACACCAUCAAUCAGCUGCAAGCCUUCGUGCGCGACAAGGAUUUGAGCGUGAAGAGUUUGAGCGAGGAGGUGCGCCGAUUGAGCGAAGAACUGGCGGCGAAUAAACACGAAUUGAAAACGUACGCGGAACGAGUCGAUAGAGAACUGGACGAGGCGAAGAAGAAGAUAAAAGAGUGGAAAAACGCGGUGGAAUCGACGGAGAAGCUGAACAAGAAGCUCCUGGUGGAGACCAAGGAGAUUCUCAAUAGGAUGGACGAGGCUUUGAGGCGUUCGAAGAGCGACGGGCGCAAGUUGAGGAAGGACCUCGUCCUGGCCCAGCGGACGGUCGAAGAGUACAAAAGGAAAGCGGUCGAAUGUAGGGAAAUGAUGCGAGUGUUGACUGUUGAUUUUAAUAAUGUUGAUGAUAAUUUGAAACAAAAUAUAUUGAGUUGA